AAAUCAUCAUUGUUUAAAUAACCAAAUAAAACAAAUACUCCAUAUAUAAUAUAGAAAAACCAUAGAUAAAAAAAAACAGUCAAUUCCCAACAUCUAAAUAUCGAAAAGAAAGCAACAUAAACAAUGGCCAUUCAGAAGUUUUCAUAUUUUCUCUUACUUUUGUUGAUGGUGUUUGCUCUCAUCCUCCCAUCCAUAAUUUCAGUUGAAGUCAUACCAUGUAUACCGGGAUCAAAAUGUACAAACGAUAUGACAUGCAAUGAACUUUGUAGAUUUAAAGGAUUCAGCAAAGGAGGGUUUUGUCAAAAAUAUGUUCACAAAACAACCGGUCAGUGUUGCUGCCAUCCUGGUUUUGAAUCUCAAGAGUCUUCCACAUCCGGUGAUACCAAUGUACUCAUUACUAAUUAGUUACUCAUUUUAUGUAUCCUCUAUUAUCAGAAUAAUAUGUUUCAAUAUGGAUUAUACAUUCUAUUGUAUCAACUAGGUGAGACUCUCUCUUUUCUUUUCAGUAUUUUUAACUCUAUUUUUAUGACACAUGAUUAUGAAAUCCAGAAUACACUUCAUACAACAAA